CAAUUUUCAUGGCCAGAGUGGAUUUACCGAACACAGGAGGUCCAACAAUGUGAACUACCUGAACAUCUGAGGUGUAGAAGUCAAGGUAGCCAGUGAUGUUGCGAAUGUCUUCCUCUCGACCGACAAAAUGACUCACAGAUGGCAGACUCUUUGAGUGGCAGAGUCCCAGCUGGUAGCAGUCUGUGUUAGACCACACCACAGCUAGUAACACAAUUAGAAUGGAGAC